GUUGAUAGCGUCUCCAAGGGCUGGGGAGAGCAGACUUAUCCCAUGCCUCAAGUCACUGGGAAGCUCCCUUACUUAGGCCCUGCCCCAAAUCUUUCCCUUUCCAGGGAGGUAGGAUUCGCAGCACCUUACGCCCACGGGUUUGGGGGAGGGCUGAGCUCUUGCAAGCCUGGGGGCUCUCACUCCCGGUGACCCGCAGCCAGAGCUGUGGAGACAGCCGGCCCCGAGGGGCAGGCCCUGGCAGCCACCGAGGCACUGUGUUGGGAAGGUUAUUGCAGCUGUCAGAGCGCGUCCUCCUCUCCCUGGGAGCGCCAGUGUCCCUGCGGGGAGGCAGCGCCCGAUCUCCACCGGGACUGGCACGCUGAGGGUGGGGGGCGGCCUGUAGAGCACGGUUGGCUCCGGAGCCAGGAGCCCUGGCAGACGCCAUACUAGAAAUUAAAAUGGCUGCCCCGAGGAACGGAGCUCAGCUCGGGCCGUGAGGGGCUGCGCCUCCAGUCGCCUCACCUACAAGGGACGUCACCUCGCCGGACACACCUCGGACAGAUUAGUAGGGGGCUGUGGGAAGCGCUGCAGGCCGAGGGAUGUACUGGCCGCCCUUCUCGCAGCCCCCAUUGGCCUGGAGCGUCAAACCGUGGCCAGUGGGAGCCGAGAUUGGCCAAACUUGCAGAUGUGGCAGAAAUACAGUUCCUGCUUACCUGCUUCCUGUAACAAAGAGACUAUUUCUGAGACGAACAGAAAAAUGAUAAAGUUUUUUCUCAUGGUGAACAAACAAGGUCAAACGAGACUCUCCAGGUAUUAUGAACAUGUGGAAAUUCAUAAGCGGACAAUGCUGGAAGCUGAAGUAAUCAAAAAUUGCCUUUCCCGUUCAAGAGAGCAAUGCUCUUUCAUUGAAUAUAAGGAUUUUAAGCUAGUGUACCGACAAUAUGCAGCCCUUUUCAUAGUGGUUGGAAUCAAUGAAACAGAGAAUGAGAUGGCUGUAUAUGAACUAAUUCAUAAUUUUGUGGAGGUUUUGGACAGAUAUUUCAGCAGAGUGAGUGAAUUAGAUGUAUCCUUUCCAGUAUCACCACCAAUCCAUUUGUCAUUUUCUAUAAUGUUCAACUUGGAUAGAGUGCAUAUAAUUUUGGAUGAAAUGGUGUUAAAUGGCUGCAUCGUGGAAACCAACAAGAAUAGAAUUCUUGCACCUCUAUUUGUUCUUGACAAAAUGGCAGAAAGCUAGAAAGAAACAAGCCUACUGAGGAAUGUAUUUUAUAAAGUAUUCUGAAAACCCCACGAAAAUCCCUACAGCUCUUUUCUGAGACUUCCUAAGGUGAAAUCUUGCAGUAUUUUCAACUGGCUGGAACAUAUUGAAGCAAAGAAAUCUAAUGCAUAUUCCCUCUUCCUUUCUCCUCCAAUUCUAGAAAAAAAAUAUGCCAUGCCAACGUAAAGGUGAAAAUUGGGAGGGGGAGGAACCAACAGGAACUUUUUCAAUGAGGCAAAUGUCAGUUGAGACAGCACUUGUCUGUCUAAAAAGUAACCAUUUUGUUUUAGUGUUUGUAAUUCUGUUAGGGGAACAAUAUUCCUGAAGCCUUGUAUGUCUGUGACUAUGCAUUAUAUUACAUGUGCUACAGCAGCACAGCUGUAGCUACGCUGUUGUACUGCAGACAUUUACUACAGCAAAAGAAAGGGUUUUUCAGCUGCAGUAGUAAAUCCACCUACUUGAGAGGCGGGACCUAGUUGUGUCUACAGUGGAGUUUAGACUUAACUAUAUUGCACAGGGUAUGAUAUUUUUCACAGCCCUGAGUGAUGUAGCUAGGUCAGCUUAAGUUUUAGGUAUGGACCAGGCCUCACCUCUUUCUUUCCAAAAAAAGAAAAAAAGGUGGCUAUCGGGAUGGAGAAGAUGAGUUAGAAAAUAUUAGUAUAAUUCCAAGUUGUUUCCAUAAGUAUGGAUCUUAAGCUCUAACUUCUGUACCGAUAUGUCCAAUCUUCUACUAGGUCCAGUCUUCACAAGGACAGGUUUAUCUUAUAUGGUUUUGUAUAGAACAGAGUGUCAAGUUUGUGUUCAUGCAAAUACUAUAGUGAUGGCUGUAAUAAAGGUUACUGGAUACUACGGAAGUUGUAAAUUAACGAUUUGGACACUUAAUUCUGUUAAUAAAAGAAUCAGAAUGAUAAAACAAAGGUUAAUUGUUCAUCAUACUCAAAAGGAAGUUGCUACUUUAGUAGUUUAAUUUUCUUAGUGUACUGUUUUAGUAUUUUGCUUAUAAACUUGAAAAUAAAGGUUCUCCUUUUCACUAUGGUA